GGAAGUACGCUACGUGCGUAUGCCCUUUUCCCGCGUUUUUAAAGAAUAUUUAGUAACAGUAUUUUUGACUUUUUGAGUAAGACUUUUAAAAAGUGUGUGCUAUGUCCCAUACGUAAGACUGCGACCCUUGAACCCCAUAUAUUUCGUUAUCCACUCACAGUAAGAAAGGCAAAAACUUUGACGCAGGUUUGUUAUAACAUCGGCAUGGAAAUCGAAAUUCAUUGAAAUCUAAUGCAUUGGAACGGAAAACGAAACUUAAACUUGAAAAGCCUGUGAAGUAAACCAAGAUGAGGUAAAAUUAUAUGCCAAUGUUUUCAGUUUCGAACGCCGAUAAACAACUUCCUAUCUACUUCCUGCCUAUAAUUAGACGGCUUACAAAAAUAAACUAUGGUUAAAGGCUUCGGAAAACAAUGAGCCUAAAAAUGUGUUUCAUACUAGCCCGACUAAACGCUACCCGAGUGAUAUUCAUAGUGAUUCUUAUAUAUGCCGCGUCUCUUAUGUACACAUAUAACGCUAGGCUUCACUCAAUUAGGUCACAGAGGAAGGAUAUCUCGUAUCUAAACCACAAGAGCUUAAAGUACAUCCUGAUGUGGACAAAUAGGUUCGCAAUACCGUUAAACACGAUGGGAAUAGGGAACUCCGUUUUUGUGAAGGGCAAAUGCAGUUACACGAACUGUUUCUUUACCGAUGACAAAAACUAUUUCAUCGAACAAACAGAUUUCGACGCCGUAGUUUUCGGCGGCUUGGACGUUAUGAAUCUCUGGUCAUUCCAAAUGCCGUACAAAAGAUCGCCGAAGCAGAAGUACAUUUUCGCCGCGUCUGAACCUGCGGACAACCAUCCAGUGUGCUCGCCAAUGUACAAUGGAUUCUUCAACUGGACGUGGACAUACCGAAUCGAUUCAAAUUUAUUUUGGGGAUACAUCGUCAUUUAUGAUAUGGAUGGCAAUAUCGUUGGGCCAUCGCUCAAUAUAAAAUGGCUUGACAAGUACGAUCCUAUAGAUGAAAACUUGAAAAUUAAGUUGUCAAGCAAAUCUAAAACAGCCGCGUGGUUUGUCUCCCACUGCUCAACUAAUGGGGGCAGGGAGCUGUACGUGGAUAAAUUACAAAAGGAGCUAGAAGUUUAUAACCGUGUAGUUGACAUUUAUGGUAAAUGCGGUAAUCUCAGCUGUCCGAGAGAUAAGGAGGCAUCUUGCUUUAAGAAAUUGGAGAAUGACUAUUACUUUUACUUGUCGUUCGAGAAUUCGUUCGCCGAGGACUACGUCACGGAGAAGCUUCUGAGUGCAUUGCACAAUUAUGCUGUUCCUGUUGUCUACGGCACUGCAAACUAUUCAAGAUUCCUGCCUCCCGGUAGCUACCUGGACGCAAUACAACUGGGACCGAAAGAGCUGGCGCGUCGAAUGAACGAGAUCAUCGCAGACAGUGACAAGUACCACGACUUCUUCCGCUGGAGGAACCACUAUAAAUACAGGGAGAGUUACCCCGCGGAAGAAGUCUGUAAGCUGUGCAAGAUGCUGAACGACGAGGAGGAAGUGUCUAAAGUGACCGUGUGGAACGAUUUCGGCAGUUGGUGGAACGGUAAACGGUACAAACAUAAUUGUAUGCGACACUGGUUGUUGCGUGGCUUUUAAAAAAUAUGUGAUAUAAGAAUGAUAUGUGAGGAGAAAGUAAUAUUCCUUAAACAAUGCUUUCAUUACUUUCUAAUGUUUAAGUAAGUUGUAAAAAAAAAAAAAAAAGUGUAACUAUGUAGGAUUAUCCUACACUAAAAAGUAACAAGAAGAUUGUUAAUGUUCAAAGACGUAAAAAAUUGAUGAACUCGGAACAAAUUAUAUUUACAAAUAUCCUACCAUGAGUCAACGUGGCCGCAUAUAGGGAAAAGACACCUGCGGCACGCCAGCUCGGGUUUGCUUACGCGCCGGGACUUUGAAUGAGUAUACAAAGAUGUAGACUAACUACAUAUAUCUUCCGUGGUGAUAAUAAGGGUUUUUUUGUCAUUUUGCGAAAACUUAGUUUCAGACUUGUCCCGCAUCUGCAAAAGGAGAAAUACUUAUCUAGCUCUUAUUUUUAUGGAAACUGGAAACGGUAAGUAAAGAAAAAAAAUAGGUAGAGCUUAACCGUUAACUAUACGUAGGUAGAGCUAUUUUUGUACUCAACGUAACUAGGUUUUCAAAAUGUCAGUAAAACGCCUUUUUCAUUAAACACAUAGGUAUUGUACUCCUAGGUAGGACUGCAAUAAGUAUAUGCCUUCCAAAUUCUCACCCUGACAAUUGCAGCUCAAACGCUAUUGCCUCUAGGUGACGAAUGAAAACAAAUUACAAAUUCAUCACCACCACGCUGCUUCACAGUGGGAUGUCGGACUUUAACGACUACUUAGGGGCCAUCCAUAAAGUACGUCACACGUUAAUGGGGAGGGAACCCUCCCUCCCCAUUAACGUCACAUCACCGAAGUGUGACAUCGUGUGACAAGCAAGGGGCAUGGGGGCUCAAUACUUUUGUGACGUCACAUGUUAAAAUUUAAAAUACU